UAGAGACAGAGAGAGAAGGAGAGAGAGGGAGAGAGAGAGAGGGAGAGAGAGAGAGAGAGAGAGACAGACAGACAGACAGACAGACAGAGAGAGCCAUUCAGCCCGUGCUCCCUGCUCUCUCGAGGCUGAUGUUCAGCUUGGUCGGGCUCAGAAGAAGCACAUGGACGGAACUAGGAGCUCUCCUGUACCGGCACACAGCCCAGAAGAGCCGUAGCCCGCCGAGCUAACCGCGCUAAGCUGCUUGGUGGCGGCGGCGGCGCCGGGGGUUAGGCUGCUGUAGCAGCGGGCUGAGGGACCGAGCGGUCUGAUGCUGCAGAAAAUUCGCCAUUGUUCGGAUGUGCGAGGCGCCGCGCGCUGGGAAUCGAGCAAAAGUAGCACAGGACCGCCCUUUCGACGCAGAGCGAAGCUAGGAUGACUGCAGCACUGCCCUGCGUCCUUUCCCUCCUCCUCAGCAUCCAGACCGUGGCUCCUUUUCAGGCGACGUUACGGGAUGACAACUUUAUCCUGAUAACCUUGGAACCCUCUGACAUGAGGGAAAACGUCACUGCAUAUGCUGCCAAGAUAUCUGGGGAGCCACAUAGCCACAUCCUGCCCUUCCAGAGUGCCAACAGGAGUCAGGUGGCUUCAGCUACUCUCCUUUAUAAUGCCUCCUACCAUGGGCUCUGCUACACCAUCAGCCUCCUGACAGGCAAUGCCUCUACCUGGUCCAGACCAGACAAAUCCGUGGCUCUGCUCACAAAGCCUCUCCCAUUGGACAGUGUGCAGAUUUUAGACUACCGGGCAGCUCCAGAGACUGGAGUUGUGUUUGAGCUCAGCUCCCCUGAGAGGAACACCUUCAGCAGAGUGAACAUCAGCUACUUUGAGGGCCGCGAGCAGCGAUCUAUGCUCUACAAAGAUUUCCUGAAAGGAAAGACAGUUUUCAAACACUGGCUGCCUGGAACGUGCUAUAGCAAUAUCACCUUCCAGCUGAUCUCGGAGGCCACGGUCAACAAAAGCACCUUGGUGAAGAAGAGUGAAGUGACCCAUGAGCCGCGUCACCACAGGACAGUACCCAACCCUCCUCUCAACGUGUCUCUGAAGAUUGUUCACCUCAGUGGAAGAGCCCACGAAUCCCCUCUUUCACGCAGAAUCCGCGACAUCCCCCUAAUAGAGGAGCAGGAAGAGAUGGAUAUUCGGGAACGAGAACAGGAGCCGGAUCCUGAAGGGACUAAUGCGGUUACCCAACAGCCCCACAGUAUAAAUAGCAGCUUAGCACCAGUUACGAGCACCACUGCUCACACAACUACAGAGGAAGACGUCAGCUUUAACUUCAGCAACACUUCAGCAGAUGAGAACGCGACGGAUGCCUCGUGGCCAGAGCCCACAGGAAGUGUGUCUCCAACCGAUGAUGAGUUUGUGAAUGCUGUGGUCCCGGAGUAUGAGGACUCAAACGAGCCAGGGUCAGCCAUGGACCUCACCACAGAGCCCACAAUCAUGCCCACAAGACUGCCCCCAAUUCUGCUGGAGCUCCGCUGGCUGCCCCCUCGCCCUCCAACCUCAUUUGAUGGCUUCAAUAUCUACAUCUAUCGAGAUGGUAACUCAACAGAGACGGCCACUGUGGAUGAAAAUACUCACGAAUUCUUUGCUGAGCUGUCUGAACCUGGAACAUACCGAGUGCUGGUCACCACCAUCAGCUCCUCAGGAGAUUGCGAGCCUAGAGAAAGUGCUCCACACACAGGAUUCACCUUCUACCUCAGCCCCACAGGGGAAUGGCUGCAGCAGCCGACGGAGCGCCCGCAGGCAGUCAGCGUAAAGAUGCUGGGAACUAGCACUGCCUCCGUUUCCUGGGCUCCUGCCACUCAGAGCCACAAUGGCAGCCUGGUGUCAGUGCUGUCUUUGACCUGCCUCAAGCCCAGCCCCAGCCAGCGCAUGGAGAACACCUACUGCUCUGAGGAAAACACCACCAGUGACAUCAUCACUAAUCUGACCCCCGGAGCUCAGUACAGAGUAGUGGUGUAUCACACCAACGGUCCCCUAGUUAGUCCCCCCUCUGAACCAGUUAUCAUUGAUAUAGAGCCAACGGGAGUGCGUGACCUGGUGGUAUAUCCACUGAGUCCCACAGCAGUCAUACUGAGCUGGCAGAGGCCUUACAACGUGGCCUUCCGCAAGUAUGUGCUGCAAACCUUCUUUUUCAACUCUGCUACGCAGACUUCUCAGUGGACUACAUACUACGAGAUUGCAGCUACCGCCUCCGUCAUUGCCUCUGUGAGAAUAACAGACCUGUUGCCUGCAUGGUACUACAACUUUCGAGUGACCAUGGUGACCUGGGGUGACCCACCACUCAGCUGCUGUGAUGGCUCUACCUUGAGCUUUAUUACUGCUCCUGAGGCCCCCCACAUCUCCUCAGUGGAUUAUUCCCAUGGGGUCUUGUAUGUACGCUGGACCUACGGGGACCUCUUCACUGAUCUCUCUCACUCCCGAAUGCUCCACUGGCAGGUAGUGGCUGAGGGCAAGAAGGGCUCUAAGAGACGCUUCUCUACAGAUGUGACACGUAACAUGAUGAAGGCCACGUUAGCUCUCCCUCCUGGCGACAUCUAUAACCUCACGGUCACCGCUUGUACUGAGCGCAGCCACAACACCUCCACACCCCACAUCAUGAAACUAGAGCCAGCGCCUCCCAAGUCCCUGUAUGCAGUCAACGCCACUCACUCCGCCGUCACCUUGCUCUGGACUGAGGAGGGAGUGGUGGACUUCUGCCAGAUCAGCUGCAAACAACUCGGUCCCAACAAACAACUCAAGGCUGUCGAGCCACAGACAGCUCUCUCUCAUGUUCUCACUGUGAGCAACCUACAGCCCUCCACCUCCUACAACUGCAGUGUGACCAGCUACAGCUACAGCACGCCCAGCGAGCCUGCCUACAUCACCAUCUCCACCCUGGCUCAGGAGAUGAACCCCAGUGUAGCUGCUAUCUCAGCACUGGCUGUGCUCAGUGUGCUGCUCAUCAGCCUGCUGGUGCUCUUCUUGCUGGUGCUGCGCAAAAAGCACAUGCAGAUGACCAGGGAGUGCGGAGCAGAAACCUUCGUCAACUUUGCCUCCUUCGAGCGAGAUGGAAAACUUCCCUACAACUGGCGAAGGAGCCUCUUUGCCUUCCUUACUCUUCUGCCAUCCUGCCUUUGGACUGACUAUCUUUUGGCUUUUUAUAUUAAUCCGUGGAGCAAGACUGCUCUAAAGAAAAGGAAGCUAACAAGCCCUGUGCAGUUGGACGACUUUGAGGCUUACGUCAAAGACAUGAGCAAAGACUCCGCAUACAAGUUUUCGCUGCAGUUUGAGGAGUUGAAGAGUGUGGGUCUGGACCUUUCCCACGAUGCUGCAGAUCUGCCAGUAAACAGACCCAAAAACCGCUACACCAACAUCUUGCCCUAUGACUUCAGCCGAGUGAAGCUUAUCUCUAUGCACAAUGACGAAGGCUCAGACUAUAUUAAUGCCAACUACAUCCCAGGUUAUAAAUCGCCUCGAGAGUACAUUGCCACGCAGGGGCCGCUCCCGGAGACACGCAACGAUUUCUGGAAGAUGGUGCUGCAGCAGAACUCGCACGUCAUCGUCAUGUUGACUCAGUGCAACGAGCGCAGGAGGGUGAAGUGUGAUCACUACUGGCCAUUUACAGAUGAGCCGGUGUCAUAUGGGGAGAUCACAGUGGAGAUGCUGUCUGAGAGUGAGUCUCCUGAGUGGACUAUCAGGAACUUCCGGCUGGGCUAUGCAGAUGAGACGCAGGAUGUGCUGCAUUUUAACUACACAUCGUGGCCUGACCAUGGGGUGCCUACGGUCAACGCCAUUGAGAGCAUCCUACAGUUUGUGCAGAUUGUCCGUCAGCAGGUUAACAGGACUAAAGGACCAGUUAUAGUGCAUUGCAGUGCUGGUGUUGGCCGGACAGGCACAUUCAUCGCUCUGGACCGCUUGAUGCAGCACAUCAGGGAGCACGAGUACGCUGAUAUUUUGGGCAUGGUGUCUGAAAUGCGCUCCCAUCGACUCUCCAUGGUGCAAACAGAGGAGCAGUACGUCUUCAUUCAUCAGUGUGUCCUGCUCAUGUGGAAGAAGAAAAAACAGCAGAGUCUCAGCAGUGACGUCAUCUAUGAGAACGUCACCAAGUCUUAAUGCCGCCCAGGUUAAGCUGUGGCGAUGCACUUCACUCUCCUUUGCUUCAGGCAUUUGUUCUCUGCUUAGAGGCCUACGACAUAAACACCAAAAAAAAAGAAAAGAAAAAAGACUGCAGCCAAGGAGAGGAAGACGCCAUUCAAGUACCCCCAUUCUGUUGUUCGAUUUGGUGAAAGCAUGACGGGACAAAACAUUUGCCUUAAGGAACCUACAUCACCAUCCACAAGCCAGAACACUUUCUACAACUCUUGCCAGGAGUACAAAGAGUAACUGCAGAAGUUUUAGAUGGAGCCUUUGAGGUGAGAGCAUGCUGAAGCGCUGGCACCCUCUAGUGGAGGCGAGAGACAGAACUUGGUUUAGAAGUAGUCUGUUAGUUUUUUUAAUCUCAGGAGUUAUUCAUACACCCUGCAAGCGGACACGGCCGUGCCCACAGCAGAGGGGAGAGGAGGAAGGACCGCGCUUGUCUGGGGGUUAGUCUCCGAGUUUGUUUUAGGCUGUUGUAGAGUGUAAUUUCGUGUGCUCGUUUCACACACAUUGUACCGUACACAUGGGAUAGUGUUAGUAUUCAUUGCCUUGGUUUCUGCAGCUGCAUCGUGCUAAAGCGCAAGCACCAGCCGGCGUCAGACUCUGUCACACUGCCACUCCCCAUAGGGGAACAUUCCGUACAAGUGAACUGUGUGUGUGUGUGUGUGUGUGUGUGUGUGUGUAUGCGUGCGUUAUCUACUGCUGUAAUACUUUCUCCACAUACUACUCUUCGUACUACGGCCCGACUGGACGGAGGAUUUGUUGAGGUGACGAGGCACGGUACAGAACUGCCCACGUUCGGUACCGCAUGAUUUGCACUGUAUUAUCUGUACUGUAUGCUGAGCUGUGCUGACGGCUGGCUGCGUUUCUCCGCUGUGGAGACCGUCCUGAGCUACAGCACCUGCCCUUCUAACAUCUCCUCCCUAGCUGGAUGGCUUCACUUAUCCUGAAGUAGGAAAAACAAGAUCAAGCAGAGGAGCAAAGCUUGGACUACGUGAUUGGACUACCAGAGCUUUCUCUUGGUCAUGAAGUGGAAGUGCAGUGGACCACCCUGAAGCUAUGGGAAGCCUCCAGAGCGGGAACGUGCAUAUCAAUCUUCUGGUGCGUGAUCAACACUGCCUGAUGCCGAGACUGGGAAUACCCGCAAAAAAAAGGGGGGGGGGGAUCUCCAAGAUUUGUUGUGUCUGACUCAACUUGAUGAAAAGCUGAACAGCUCUGAUUUACACAGACAGACAUAUCUGUUAAAGUAGGGAUGCAUGAUGAGGAUGGUGUCCUUCGCAUAUGGGGAUCUGAUGGUGAAGCUGUUAUCACCCAUAUUUAUGCUUACAUGUGAGAAAUGUGCAACAGCAGUAUUUACAACUGUAUUGGACAACGUGGAAUCAGCUGUAUCGGUCCAGAUGUUUCAUAUUGGUACAUCUUAUCAACUUUCCUUUUCAAGCGUCUUGAAGUUUGCACAGCAGCGACUCGGUGUAAAUGCUCUAUUGCUGUACACUGAACAUUUCCCAGCACCAGUAUAGCACUACCAAUACUUGAUUACAUCCUGACCAUACAGCUACUGUACUUAGUCAUAAUUCAACUAGUCUCUUGACAAUGCCUUGCACAUAUUAUAUACUGAGGUAUAACAUACGUACUAAGACAUAGUACAGUCUAUUAAAGAAAACGUAUGGCUGU